UCUCGCAAUUCCUCCAUUUCCAUACCUUCUCUCUAUCUCUGGAAACAUUAGGCAGGAGAUUAGAACAAUGAGGUCUGCUACUAUGUUGAGAUCCAUGCUCAAGAAUUCUUCAUCUUCUUCUUUACUUCGCCGGACUUACUCGUCGGAGUCUGCUCCGGCGCGUAAGGUCGCCGUCUUGGGAGCAGCCGGAGGUAUUGGACAACCCCUUGCACUCCUCAUGAAGUUAAACCCUCUUGUAUCUAGCCUCUCUCUCUACGAUAUCGCCGGCACACCUGGUGUUGCAGCUGACGUCAGCCACAUCAACACCAGAUCUGAGGUGGUCGGUUACAUGGGUGAAGAAAAUCUUGGAAAGGCAUUGGAAGGAGCUGAUGUUGUCAUCAUUCCAGCCGGUGUACCAAGGAAACCGGGAAUGACUCGUGAUGAUCUUUUCAACAUCAAUGCCGGUAUUGUUAAGGGUCUAUGCACUGCGAUUGCCAAGUACUGCCCUCACGCACUUGUGAAUAUGAUCAGCAACCCGGUUAACUCCACUGUGCCCAUUGCUUCUGAGGUUUUCAAGAAAGCAGGUACCUACGAUGAGAAAAGGCUAUUUGGUGUGACCACACUUGAUGUUGUCAGGGCAAAGACUUUUUAUGCCGGAAAAGCGAAGGUUCCAGUUGCUGGCGUUAAUGUACCUGUUGUUGGUGGUCAUGCCGGCAUUACCAUUCUGCCAUUGUUUUCUCAGGCCACACCAACUGCAAAUGAUUUAUCAGCUGAAGAGAUAACUGCUCUUACAAAACGAACACAAGAUGGUGGAACGGAGGUUGUGGAGGCCAAGGCUGGAAAGGGUUCCGCUACACUCUCUAUGGCUUAUGCUGGAGCCAUAUUUGCUGAUGCUUGCUUAAAAGGACUUAAUGGGGUCCCUGAUGUUGUAGAAUGUUCCUUUGUGCAAUCAAACAUAACUGAACUACCUUUCUUUGCAUCAAAGGUGAGACUUGGGAAAAAUGGCGUCGAGGAAGUGCUUGGGCUCGGCUCACUUUCAGACUAUGAGAAACAAGGAUUGGAAGCCCUUUUGCCCGAACUAAAGUCGUCUAUCGAGAAGGGAAUCAAGUUUGCCAACCAAAACUAAAAUGUUGGUUGCAUCCAUCACAGUUUUGCAUAACUUCUUGUAACAUGCUUCUGAGUCUUAAUUACCUGCCUGCCCAAUAAAAAGGAAGCCAAUUGCUAACCAUAUACACUUUGUAUCUCAAUUCCACCAUUAUUGAGUGUUGAAACAUCUUUUUCUUGGAUGCUUUAAGCAAAUAUUAAGGAGCCGUUUAUCAAA